UUUGGGAGUUGAUUUUUAAUCAACUCUCCUAUGCAGUCACGCGGACAAACCGAAAGUGAAAAAGUGUUUGGACCCAAUCACUUAAUCAACACCGCUAAAAAGAAAUAGUACUUUAAAAUAAUCAAUAAUCGAUAAAUACGACGAAAUGUAUUCGUUUGUCUUAUUUCCCUUUAGAAUAUGUAUCUGAAAAGCUUGAAAAUAUUCAGAAUUUGAAAUGAUACGAUUAAAUUCGAAAGUUUUAGUAGUUGUAUAUAUUCCUACGAAAUCAGGUCAAUCCAGAGGAAGUCUCGUUCAACCAGACGCUCGGCUGUCUCCGUAAAUUUCCGACGAGCAGGGUUUACGGAGACAGCCGAGCGUUCUGGUUGAACAAGACUAAUAGAGGCACCGAGCGCUUCCCGGGUAAUGGAAUUCGGCAAAAUUCGGCUGAUUCCGUAACGUUAACCUACAUAAAAAUCGGCCGAAAGAUAAAAUAUUCGUAUUUAUAAAAAUGGUUAAUAAUUAAAAUAAAAUGAGUAAUUUCGGCAAAAAAAAGUUACUGUGUAUAGCGUUGAUUUUUAGAAUGACAAUAGUUUUGGAACUAUUUUCAUUCGACACAUAUUUGUACGCCCCACGCUUUAUUUUCCCGCCAAGCUUCGAAGACAAGACGACAUUCUCGGACUCAGAUUUGUCAACGUAUCGUUCGAGGUUUCUCAACGGAAAGAUGUUCAGCAUCAAGAAACUGAAGGCUUCAAAGCCGAAGCCGUAUUCCAACCCACUUAAAGUAAAAGUGAUUGGGGUCGGUGAUAAGUCGACGUACACAACAGCCGAUGGUAAAGAAAAACAGCUUGUUCCACUUGGGGUUGCAGAUAAAGAGGACUCUAUAAAAGUGUCCUUGUAUGAAGUUGACAAAUUACCAUUAUUGAAGGCAGGAGAAUGCGUGGUUCUAUCGAACUACGUAUACAGAGCGGACCCUCAUCCAACAAUAGUGGUCACUGCAGUGACCAGAGUCAUGAAAACCUCAGCCUUUGCGGUUCCAGAAGAUGUCAAAUUAACAGCAAAGGCAAUUGCAAAUCCUGCCCCAGCCAAAAUCAUAACGAUCCACGAUGCCAAAAAGAGCCCUAUCAAAUCCUUGGUAUCGAUAAAAGGACGAGUUAUUUCGGAGGAAAUAAUUCGAACAGUACAAGUAAGAGGAACAGAUGUCCAGGUACGGAAUGUAAGGGUAAAGGAUGGAACCGAGGAAGUAAAGGUGGCAUUAUGGCGUGACCAAGUCGAUGGGUGCAAAGUUGGAGAAUUCUUAGAAUUCUCUAAUUUGGUGACCAACUCGUACAUGGAUGAGGUUUCCUUGUCAACAACACAAGAUUUCUCAAAGCAGCCAUGUGAUGCUCCCCCAUCAAUGCUAACAGGAACAGUCAUUGCCUAUGAAAAAUCUGAAUUUGGAUUUUCCAUUAUGGUGGAAGACGGAUAG